AUUUGUAAUGAUUGAUGUGGCCAUGUAAGCGUCAUUGUGCUCGUACGCGGUACCAGCGUCCGUCUCUGUGCAGGUUGUGUCUGUUUUCCCGUAGACACCGCGUCUCUCUGCGCCUGCGGAGCGGUGCGCUCGGAGGAGGCUCGAGGAGGAGGCUCGAGGAGGAGGAGGCUUGAGGAUGGCACAGCGCUGGACGGUCUCUGAAAAGCUCCUCGGUGGAACAUUAAGAUUUUAAGUAGCCGAUUCCAAACAUCUUGACCCUGGAUGCUGAAGGGAGCGUGACGGGCACAGCUUUAGGAGCAUGAACAGGAGGAGCUGGUUAGAAGCGCUUUGAUCUAAUUGGCUCUGAGGCCCCCUGCUGGUUGAUCAGGAAAUAGCAGGGCCAGAGGACAGUGAGAGUGAACCAUGUCUAUUGCCAGUAACAGCCCUGAGAAAGACGGUUCAAUGGCUCAGCUGGAGUGCCCGUCCUCCCCCGCAAGCAUGGACCCUGACCCCUCCACAGGCAGCCCCGUGCUCAGCCCUGACUCAUCUUCCCAUGAUGCUGUGCUCUCAGCUCCAGCCGUGUCUCCUGCAGACUCCGAGAACCUCAGUCCAGACGAGCUAGAGUUGCUGGCCAAAUUGGAGGAGCAAAACAGGUUGUUAGAAGCUGACUCCAAAUCCAUGCGGUCCAUGAGCGGCUCGCGACGCAACAGCGGCUCCUCCCUCGUGUCCAGCUCCUCAGCCUCCUCAAACCUGUCCCAUCUGGAGGAGGACACCUGGAUCCUGUGGGGACGCAUAGUCAACGAGUGGGAGGAGUGGAGACGCAAGAAAGACAAGCUCCUAAAGGAGCUGAUCAGGAAGGGCAUCCCUCACCAUUUCCGCGCCAUCGUGUGGCAGUUGCUGGGUAAUGCCACGGACAUGCCAGUGAAGAACCAGUACUCUGAGCUGCUCAAGAUGUCGUCUCCAUGUGAGAAACUGAUCCGCAGAGAUAUUGCUCGCACGUAUCCAGAGCAUGAGUUCUUCAAAGGCCAGGACAGUCUGGGUCAGGAAGUCCUGUUCAACGUCAUGAAGGCGUACUCCCUCGUUGAUCGAGAGGUGGGCUAUUGUCAGGGCAGUGCGUUCAUUGUGGGGCUGCUGCUGAUGCAAAUGCCCGAGGAGGAAGCGUUUUGCGUGUCUGUGCGUCUGAUGCAGGAGUAUCGUCUGAGGGAGUUGUUCAAACCCAGCAUGGCUGAACUGGGCCUGUGCAUCUACCAGUUUGAGUAUCUACUGCAGGAGCAGCUCCCAGAACUAAACAUACACUUUAAGUCCCAGAGUUUCCACACGUCCAUGUACGCGUCGUCAUGGUUUCUGACCCUCUUCCUCACCUUCCUCCCUCUUCCUGUGGCGACGCGCAUUUUUGAUAUUUUCAUGUAUGAGGGCCUGGAGAUAAUUUUCCGAGUUGGCCUGGCCAUUCUACAGUACAACCAGACUGACCUCAUUCAGCUGGACAUGGAGGGAAUGUCCCAGCAUUUCCAAAAAGUGAUCCCACACCAGUUUGACAGCUGCCCUGACAAGCUGAUCCUCAGGGCCUACCAGGUCAAAUACAACCCCAAGAGAAUGAAGAAGUUGGAGAAAGAAUAUACCACUAUAAAGAACAAAGAAAUGGAGGAACAAAUCGAGAUAAAGCGUUUACGCACGGAGAAUCGUCUCCUGAAGCAGAGAAUCGAAACACUGGAAAAGGGUCAGGUGACGCGGGCGCAGGAGGCCGAGGAGAACUACGUCAUUAAACGGGAGCUGGCGGUGGUACGGCAGCAGUGCACGGCUGCCAGCGAGAGCCUGGAGCGAGCCCAGGACACGAUCAGAGAGCUACAGCAGCAGAAGUACACAGAGGAGUUUGUGAGCGACUUGCAGGCGCAGCUGGAGCAGUCGCGCCUACACGAGGCUGAGCUGUUGGGGGCUCUGAAGGAGAUGCAGGACAAAAUCCUUGACCUGGAGAAGAAGAACAGCUGUCUGCCCGAUGAGAACAACAUGGCCGCUCUGCAGGAAGAGGUGAAACAGAUGAAGCUGAGAGAGCUGGAGACACUGAGUUCAUUCAGAGAAAUGCAGGACACAGUGACAGACCUGAACCAGCGCUGGCAGCUCCACAUGUCCCGCGGGAGCAGCCAUUGGAAAGAGUCUCCAAAGAAGAACGCCAUGAAUGAGCUGCAGGACAAACUGAUGAGCAUCCGUCUGAGAGAGGCCCAGGCCCAGGCCGAGCUCCGGGAGGUCAGGCUCAAGGUGCUACAGCUGGAAAGCCAGAGUCAGAUCCACGGCAAACAGAUUGGUCGCCAUGAGCAGGAGCGCUCGGCCCUCCAGGACCGGCUCCAGAUGGCGUCCAAUCAGAACAAAGCUCUCCAGACGCAGCUCAGUGAGAUGAAGAGGAAACAGGCGGAGUUGGACUGCAAGAGUAAAGAGGAAGUGAUGGCGGUGAGGCUGAGAGAGGCCGACAGCAUGGCCGCCAUGGCCGAGCUCCGGCAGAAGAUUGCCGAGCUGGAGAUACAGAAAGAAGAAGGUCUGAUCCAGGGUCAGCUCAACCACUCUGACUCCAGACAGUACAUCAACCAGCUCCGGGACCAGAUCACGGAACUCAAAAACGAGAUUCGAAUAUUGCGUGGGCACAAGUCGACCUCUGGCAGCGGCACCACCAACUACCAGGACCUGACCAGCCCCACGUCUGCGGAGGGGGACUACCUGAGCUCGGACGAUGACCUCCUGCCCAGCCCUCUGCCCCCCAACGCCCUGUACCCCUCCCUGUCAGGCCAGUGUCACCCAACGGGCACCCUGGACAGCGAGGGCAGCACCGACAGCGAGGCAGAAGAGCGGCCGCAACCCAAUCCUCAGCAGAUCUACGGCACCAUGGUGUGUGCGGAGACCAUGGACGGAGUGAAUUAAAGGCCCUAUAUUACACAAAAUGGACUCGUGAGUUUUAAGUCGUGUUGUAAUGCUGUUCCCUCCUCAAAAACAGACAUGGAGCUGUGUUUUGUUUCAUUCACACAUGUUUGAGUAAUACUUUAUUAUUAGUCUGUCUAUAUCUCCAAAGCUCAAAAUGCUCUGUUCCACCUUGUGAUGUCAUUUUCAGCUUGAAAGAAGAAUUCAGCCUAAAGGUUUGUGUGUUAAACAUGUGUGAAUGAAACAAAACACAACUCCAGGUCUGUUUGUGAUGAGGAAACAACAUUAGAACAGAGACCAGAGAGUAGUGUAAUAUGGGUCUUUAAUGAAACAACGCAUUAUCUCAGCUGUUGGAUCCUGUGAUGAGUCUAUACUGUGCGGUUUUGUGUGAACUAAAAGAGCCACUAGACAGCCCCGUAUUUCUGCUCUCGCCGACCUCCACCCGAAAAUGCUCUUUAGUAGAAAACAUAUCCGAAUUUAGCUGCUGCUCACUGCGUUUCGUCAAACGUCAGACCUGAACCUGUGAUGAGGAGGUUAAUAUCAAACAGGAACGAAUGAGACUGGUGAACUGAACAUCGCGUGGCUCACCUUAGCUCAUUGGACUAUUUUUGAACGAUUUCAUUCUCACUUUUCAUCAC